CGCUAUGGGAGGGUCUAGUUGAGUGUCGGUUUGGUCGCUUCUUCCUUCCUCGCUUCUUACUCUGACUAGUAGCUGCUUCAAGGGACGGGAAGACGUCCAGGAGGGGAACAACACGGAGGUCUCUUGAUAAUUAAAAGCACACACUCUUAACUCUAAAAGAUGGCUGCCAUCAGGAAGAAGUUGGUGAUAGUUGGGGAUGGUGCAUGUGGAAAGACCUGUCUGCUCAUCGUCUUCAGUAAGGACCAGUUCCCCGAGGUCUACGUCCCCACUGUGUUUGAGAACUACAUCGCUGACAUCGAAGUUGAUGGCAAACAGGUGGAGUUGGCGCUGUGGGACACAGCAGGUCAGGAGGACUAUGACAGACUGAGGCCUCUCUCCUACCCCGACACAGAUGUUAUCCUCAUGUGCUUCUCCAUAGACAGCCCCGACAGUUUAGAGAACAUUCCUGAGAAAUGGACGCCUGAAGUGAAACACUUUUGUCCCAACGUCCCGAUCAUUCUCGUGGGUAACAAGAAGGACCUCAGGAAUGAUGAACACACACGCAGGGAGCUGGCCAAGAUGAAACAGGAGCCCGUUAAGUCUGAGGAGGGCAGAGACAUGGCCAACCGCAUCAGUGCCUUCGGCUACCUGGAGUGCUCCGCCAAGACCAAGGACGGCGUGCGGGAGGUCUUUGAGAUGGCCACCAGAGCAGCGCUGCAGGUCCGCAAGCGCAAGAAGAGGGGCGGCUGCCAGCUACUGUGAAGGGACGGAGUUUGUUGGCCAAUCAGCACCUGAGGGAGGACUCCUCCCCCCUUAUGCACAGAGCAAACUUAGAGAAACCUUAAAUCAAUGGCUUCCGUGGACUAUACUUAACUUCACAGAUGCAGAUAUGCCACAGGAGAAUAUGAAAGACUGACACACCUGUUUAAAAGCAAAACAAAUCAGCCUUUUUUAAAAAAAAAAAAACUAUUUCCUCUGCUACUCACACCUAUUUGUUUCUGUUGGUUUGGUGUUUUGUUUUCCUCCACCAAGGACCUGUCCCUUCCUCCUAUAUGAAUGUAUGUUUGUAUUUAUAUGUGCAUAUACUUUACAAAUACAUCAUGUCUGUGUUAUGAUUGUU